UGAUACAAAAGGAGAGAGAUCAGGGAGAAGCAAAGGGAUGCCAUGUGGAUCUUUCAGAAAAUGGAAUGCAACCCUAGAAAGCAGCCGCCAGCCACAUUCUCCAAAGGAAAAGGAAAGAGACAAAAAGCUUGAUAGAGCCUGCUACCUACAAAGAGGCUGCAAAAGUUCUGAAAAUAGAUCCUUCCAUAACAACCUCUUCAAGUCUAUAUACAGAAGAAGAAGGCCAAAAAUAUGCAUAUCAAAAGGUUAUGAAUUCAUUAAGGAAGAAAACGAAUCCAUACAUAAAGCAAAAACCAGCAACUGUUAUAAGUACAUUCAAGAAAAACUUACUUCUAAGGGAUAAAUUGCAUUGGAAACAGAUUUAUGACUUCGGAAAAUUGCUUAGCAAGAAAGAUUGGUGUAUUUAUUAGGUUGUCUCCACACUCUCUCUCUCUCUCUCUCACCCCAUGAAUGUGUCUAUCGAUUUCUC